UGCUGCAUGCAUACAAAUGUCACCUGCUGAAAUCCUCUUUUCUAUGCAACUGUUAAAGACACAGGAGCCCUGUCCUCCCUUUUGUAUGGUCACCCUACCAGGUUCUGCUCCCCUGUCACUGGCUGACAGAGAGGGCAAACAUGGCCUGUGGCCAUCUGUGGGACAGUAUAUAAUGCUUAGUGGCUCCUUGUCUUUCUCCUGUACCACCACUGCUGACCUCUUCCCUCUCUUCUCAGCAGUCAACUAAUCAGGUCUGAAGGAGGCCAAAAGAUGCCUUUGCUGGCCACGUCGGCAGUGAAUAUUCAUGAUAGCAGCUGGGGCAAGAUGGUUGCAUGAGCAAAAUGGAGUUCUAACCGGCUUCCCGCCCUCCAUGUUGAUGUUCACAUGCGAGGACAAGAUGAGCCAGGAAUCCCAGCAUGCAGCAUUGAUUCCAGUGCUACGAUGCCCACCUCGGAGCCAAGUGGAGGUUACUUAUGGAGGCAGGUGGAGUGGGCAGGGGUGGGUGAGCCCCACCACAGAAGCCUUGGACACCACAGAGACCCUGUUCAUCACCCCUGUGGAACAGCAGUUGUGGGAGCAGCUGGUGGGGCUCCUGUCCCCAUGCCUUUGGGGAGUCAAGGUUUCUGGGGGCCUCCAAGGUGACACAGGGAUGAUCUCUUUCUCUGGGCCCCUAGAGGUAAUUUUGAGAGCCAAGGAGGCCAUCAGCAAGCUUCUCAUCCUAGUGGGCUCCCUAGUCAAAGUCAACUUGAUGGCCAUUCCGCGGACUGAGCACAGGGCCGCUGGGUUCUUCCACCUCCGUGAGGGGUUCCAUCUUUUCCUCUGGGAAGGAGAAGCUUCUAGAUUCAAGGUGGACGCUCUAGUGAGGAUCAGGCUUCCUGGUGGAGGCGUGGAUGGUGGAAACGCGGUCUUUGCUCAGAGGGUGUGGAGCCAGGAAGGCUCCUUCCAUACUAAUUUGGACAUUCACCUUCCACCCCUGGCAAAGGCAGAAGUAGCAGCUGGAACAAUGAAGCUAGCUUUAGAGGCCGCCUCCCAAAGAGGCCUCCAGUCUCUAGUGAUCUCCGACUCGGGGGCCUCCAUCUCCACAGCUGAAGCAGAGGCUAUGGCUGUAGGAAUUGAAGCUUUUAAGAAAGACCACCCCAUAUCCUCCUUGAAGAGCAUUAGUUUUGUUUCCCGUGGUGGAAAGGCGGUGGAGCUAUUCCGGGAGGAAUGUAGGAAGCGCUGGUCUCCGGGAAAGGACAACCUGGAGAGGCUGAGAAAUGCACUGCUGACUUUGGAGGCUGCCAGGAUCGAGGUCGCUGCUGCUUCCAGCACAAGGAAGAAGACAGAUGUUGUGGUUGUUCCGCUGGUGGUGGAUUCUGAUGGGCUGGGCUGGGGCCCGGACGCCUUUGCCGUCACGGAGAAGGCUCUAAGGGCUGUGCCGCGUGCUGUGGACUUGCUUCCGGGAGAAAUUCUUCCAGUGACAGCGUCGUACUUCCCAGAAUUGGACUGCAGUGUCGUCUAUCUGGUAUGGCUUGAAGGGUCUCAGCUGAAGCCUAAAGAUGCCUGUAAGCAGGCCAUUCAGAAGAUGGUUUGGAAUUGCCUCUGCACCUGCUAUGGGUCCUUCCUGGAGUCCAUUUCAUUCCCUCUCCUACAGCCAGCAGACCCAGGCCUAGCUGCAAAGGGAGACAUCUUGAUGACCAUGCUGGAAGAGAUGGACCGCUUCCUGAAAGAGGUUCCCAACACCUGGAUGAAGCUGGUGCAGAUUGUUCCUCCGUCAGGACGGACUCUCCCUCACCUGGUGGAAGAUUAUAUCACUGCUGCUGUAGAGCCGGUGGGUUUAUGUCAUCUGGAGGACCCACUCUUCCUCCAGUACCUGGAGGAGAGCCCGGAUGCCUUUCACGAGUUCGAAGUGCGGCUGAAGGAGGUUGGUUACAGCAUCCGGCUAUGUUCUCCAUGGGGAAUGUUGAUGUUCCAGGCCACUGGUCCGCCUGUGCAGCUGCAUGAGUUGGGAACCGUAUUUCAUUCCGUGCGCGAAAGGUAUCUGCUGCAUUGUGAGAUACGGCCAGAAGUGCUAGAAGCCCUGCUUGAGCAACAGACUCUCGUGAAGAUGUUCACAUCCAUCCGGAUCUACAUAUGGGACAGAAUGUGGUUCGUGGGCUUGUUUGAAGAGAUAGACUCUUUCUUACGGCGCCUCGUCCAAGUGGCCUCUCAGAGGCAAGUGGUGAGUUGGGAGUGCUUGGCUGAAUCGCUGCCCAGGUGCACCAUUGCCAAAGAUGCUGUGCUGCAGGAGAUGCUCCCAUCCAACCCCCUUGUAAGCAUUGAGAUCCUUACUAAAGCUCAAGUGACAAUCAGAUUUUGGGGCCGCCGUCAAAGAGUGGAGGAAGCGAUGAUGCGCUUUAAGGAGCUCCUCAACGCUUUCCAAGUUUGGCCGGUUCCUCUGUCCAAUCUCCAGUUUCACUUUAUCAAGACACGGUGGGGGGAAUUCUUCCACAAUGACUUCUUCUUGGAGCAAGGCCUCCUUGCUGUGCUGGAGAUUUCUGAAGUCAUCCAAGUUGCUGGCCUAGACUUGGUUAAAAUGAAGGAAGCCAAAGAAAUCAUCAUGAAGCAGGUGUUGGAGAGGACAGUGGAGAUACCGGAGGAGCUGAGGUGGACCACUGAGUGUGCGGAGUGGAAGGAGCUGCUGCACAGCUUGGGGUCCCAUAAGGAAGUAGCUCUUCAUCAGGCUGCAUCCCAGCAGGUAACCGUGGUUGGCCUCUCUCCCCGUAUCACUGAAGUGGAGGAAUCUAUUAAGGAGUACCUACAAGAUAAUUCUCUGGUGGAGGAAACAAUGACUGUUGCCAGACCAGAACUACUAUUAGCUGGGGAGAGUCUCCUUCAUAUUAUGGAUUGGAAGCAUCUCAAAGUGAGCAUCCAACUCCAGUCACAUGGUCAGAUUUUAUCCCUGCACCUGAGCGGCCUCCGAAAAUACGUGAGGAAAGCCACGCCAGUCAUCAAGAUGGACUUAAAUUCCCUCGUGCUUGGUUCGGUGCCUCUGAGGAAGAAGGCUCUGGGGGAAUACUUCUUUGGGGUUGGAGCAUGUCUGCUCAAGCAAAUGGCCCAACGAUUGUGCUGCGUCACUAAAAUUAAGAAUCGUAGCAGUAAAGUCACCAAUAGCAAAGGCAGUUGGGAGCGGGGAUUUGUUGAAGGCUAUCCAGGGAUGAUCUAUGCACUGGGCAGAGAGAACCAGGUGGUCUCUUUCGAGCAAAUUUUGGCUGGUUUCAUCGCCACAUUCCAUGAAGAAUCCAUCUGCGAUGAAGCAAUAGCAACUUUCAGUGACGAGAACCUUAAUAAACUCCACAAGAAUACACGGCAUCAAUUUCCUGUAGGUCUCCAUCGCUUGCGCGAUGAAGAGUUGCAGAUCUGUGGCUCCCAAGGAGACGUGGCAAACAUUCUGCAAGCCAUUCACGCACAGAUUGAGGAAUACCAGGCGGAGUGGAUAGAAGUUAUGGCUCAGUACAAGGCAAUCCCAUCCAUCAUUGUGAAAGAAUGUUUGUUUGAAGAGAUACUCCCAGCUAACCGGGGAAUAAACGCCGAAGUCCUGGCUGAAAAUCCACCAACUGUCAUAUUCAGGGGUCCCCGUCAGAAGGCGGUAGAGGCCGAGAGGUCUUUAGAGGAGAUGCUCAGUGGCUUCCAGGUGCUGCCAGUUCCUCUGUCCAAUCUCAAAUGUCAGUUUGUCAAGGCGCAGUGGGACGAGCUCUUCCAUGAGAGCUUCUUCUUGGGGCAAGGCCUCCUUGCCGUGCUGCAGAUCUCUGAAGUCAUCCAAGUUGCUGGCCUAGACUUGGUUAAAAUGAAGGAAGCCAAAGAGAUAAUCAUGAGGCAGGUGUUGGAGAGGACAGUGGAGAUACCGGAGGAGCUGAGGUGGACCACUGAGUGUGCGGAGUGGAAGGAGCUGCUGCACAGCUUGGGGUCCUAUAAGGAAGUAGCUCUUCAUCAGGUUGCAGACAGCCAGGUAACCGUGGUUGGCCUCUCUCCUCGUAUCACUGAAGUGGAGGAAUCUAUUAAGGAGUACCUACGAGAUAAUUCUCCGAUGGAGGAAAGGAUGGAUGUUGCCAGACCAGAACUAGCAUUAGCUGGGGAGAAUCUCCUUCAUAUCAUGGACUGGGAAGAUCUCAAAGUGAAGGUCCAACUCCACCCAAACGGUCAGAUUUUAUCCCUGCACCUGAGUGGCCUCCGAAAAUUUGUGCAGGAAGCUAUCCAGAUUAUCAAGGAAGACUUGGCUUCUCUCGUGCUUGGUAUGAUACCUCUGAAGACGAAGGCUCUGGGUGAAUAUUUUUUGGGGUCUGGGGCAUGUCUGCUGCAGGAAAUGGCCCAAGAAAGGGAUUGUACAGCAAGGAUGCAAAUCCAGCAGAGCUCUGGCCCCUACAAUGGGGUCAUCAAUAGCUAUGGAAAUGAGCAGGAUCUGGCUGAGGAGCACUGGGCUGCAAUACAUGUAGUGGGCAGAGAGAGCGAUGUGACCUCGUUCAAGCAGGUUGUGGCCGAUUUCAUUGCCAACUUCCAUGAGGAAACCAUCUGCAGUGCGGAGAUUUCAGCCUUCAGUGACAACAUCCUCAAAGAACUCUGCGAUAACACAUCACAUCAGUUUCCGGUUGUCCUCCAUCGCCCCAAGGAGAAGGUUGCCCGGAUUUGUGGUGCCCAGGAAGACGUUGAAAACAUUCUGGGGGCCAUUUACACAAAAAUUGAGGAAGCCUUCCUUACAAAGUUGCAGGAAGCCCACGCUGAGUGGAUUGAGUCCAAGCUUCUGUACGAGACUAUCCGGUGGCAUCGGAUGACUGAUGCUGGCUGGUCCACAUUUGACAUGAACACCAACCGGAGACUGGAGAUGGCGUACCACAAGAAGAAAAUGUGGGCGCAGUUGCCGUGGGAUGGACAGACAAUCAAGAUCAACUGGCUAAAGGGUGAAGCCUUCCUGCCAAGCAAGGCGAAAUUCAGGAUAAGAAGAGAGAUCUGCUUGUGGGACAAGAAUAUUGCUCCACAAUGGGAAGCCAUGGAUGGGAGUCUGGUGAAGAAAGUGGAACUGCAGACCAGCUCGGAGGAGUAUCAGGACGUUGUAAAGAAUUUCAAAAGGACAGCCAGUGACUGCACAGUCCUCAAAGUGGAGAGAAUCCAAAACCGGUACCUGUGGGUUUCCUAUAGCUGGAAACGCAGCUGGAUGGAGAAGAAGAACCCGGAAGGGACACAGAAUGAGCGCAUCCUCUAUCAUGGGACAUGCCCAGAGAAUUGGUAUUCCAUCCACGAGAUUGGCUUCAAAAGCACCUGUAGGAAGGUGGGCCUCUAUGGACAAGGUAUUUAUUUUGCAGGGGAUGCCAGCCGUUCUGCCUUCUAUGCCAAGCCAGAUUCCCAAGGACACCGGUACAUGUUUCAGGCUCGGGUUCUGACUGGGGAGUAUGACUGCGGGAGCGAAAAUAUGGUUUUGCCACCCACAAAGCGAGGGGGAAGAGGCCGAUAUGACAGUCUAGUGGAUGUUCUCAGCAAGCCAACGAUCUUUGUGACGUUUUUUGAUGAUCACGCUUACCCCGAGUACCUCAUCACCUUCAAUGGGCUGGCAUCAUGACCAAGGCUAUGAAGGAGUAGAAGGGACACAAUUGGAAGCAAAUGUUACUUUCUAAUGAACUGGAGAUUCAAAACAGUGUGGACUCCAGGCUGGAACUGGAAGCAGUUUCUUUUCUUUUCAUUUACUCCACAGGAGGAAAAAAGAAAUAUAUAUAAUUUAGUAAUUUCAUUUCCUGAAUGGUUAGGUGCAAAUUGCAAUAAACCCAGCUUAUUUUGUCA